AUGUUGAAGUCGCCAUCAUUGAGCAGAUCUCAAGCUUCCCCCACUCUCUACCACUAUGCACCUACAUCAACACGACCUUCACUGUCGCGCAGAACAUCCGCUGCGAACAAACCUUCUCCCUCGCCACAACCACAACAGCAACCGAUAUCACAGUCGCAACCCAAGAAAUGGAUCUACGUUGAUGCAUUUACGCAGUGGAGCCCUAUAAUGCCCUCUAGGAUGGCAGAUGGAGUAUCGCCGCCGGUGCAAGUGAAAACCGAGGAUGUACCUCCAGAACCCAUCAUUGCGCCUGAGCAACCCAACGUCGAGGCUCUACAAGACAUGAAGCCACCGAUACAACUGGAGUCGCCGAGUAUGAAGAGACGGCAAUCGUCAGUUGACAGUGCGCAUACUGUCAGUAAGAAGGUUUCCUCCCCGAAAAGAGUGAAACCUCAGACACCUGUGACGAUUCUACCUGUGAAGUAUGAGCUAUGCGAGGUAGAGGAUAUGGUCGUGCUUAUAGCUAGUAUGAUCGCAGAGCUGAUUCAAAGGAACGACGUUCUACCUCUCCAGAGCGGGAUAUUAACACGCUUUCAUUCUAGAUCGCCUCCCGGGAUCUCUGUUCUUGAUUAUCUGCAGCGACUUGCAAAACAUGCCACUCUAACCCCCCCUCUCUUACUCUCCAUGGUUUACUAUAUCGAUCAACUUUGCGCAUCAUACCCCGCAUUUACAGUCACAACCUUGACUGUCCAUCGAUUCUUGAUUACGGCAGCGACGGUGGCCUCAAAAGGACUUUCGGACUCUUUCUGGAAUAAUUCGACGUACGCGAGGGUUGGCGGAGUCAAAGUGGCAGAGUUAGGAUUACUUGAGCUUGAAUUUCUACACCGAGUGGACUGGAAAAUAGUUCCAAAUCCCGAAAUGUUGAUUGAUUAUUACAAAGGAUUGAUUCAACGAAACGACCUUUACAAAAUGGAAGGAGAUUUUACAGAUGAAUCUGACGAACUAGACGAUGAUGAUGAAGAAAGCGACGAACCUGAUACCCCCGAGCAGACCGAGGUUGGAACUGAUGCAGACAUGAAGGACACGAAUGAGCCAAAUGUCCCAAAUCAAAAGACAGAGUCUGGGCAUGAAGAAACUUCAUACCUUCCCCAGACCAGCUCCUCGAACCUCGAAGCUAAGCUCUUAUCGACCCACCCAACCAUCACUAUGAAGCUCACCACCCUCCUCCUCGCCCUUAGCGCGCAUGUUUUCUGCAUCACUGCAACUGUAACCGAACAAAUCGAUACAGCAACAAUCUACAUCCAGCCGCUAACCUCCUCGUCCGCCUACCCCCUAGCCUCAAUAUCCUACAACCCCUCCACCCUCUCCGCCUCGCUCCUCUCCUACGAACCCCCCACCGAUCUCCUCCCCUCCCCCCAAGACCCCUCCUCGUCCCCCAACGAUAACCUCGCCCUCACCGGAAUCUUCGACGAAAAAACCUCAACCUUCAAAAGCUCCACAUCCCUACUCUCCCUUACCAAUUUCGAAAAGGGAUAUCGGCCAACUAUUCUCCUUACGAUUGAUGCACAAGGGGCUGUAUUAGGAGUCACGAUUAAGAGCGGGGUUAUUGAUGCUGGUGCCACGAGGGAUUUUGCGCCAAAGGUGGAGGUGAGACGGGUGGUGAAGGGGGGAGCCCCGGUUUUGGGGCCGAAUGUUGUGUUGAGUAAGGAGGGGAAGACGGAAGGAGAGGUGGUGGAGAAGUCGUUUUUGCAGAAGUAUUGGUGGGUUCUUUUGGGAGCAGCGAUGUUGACAAUGACUGCUGGUGGGGGAUCCGAAUAA